AUGUGCUUCCUAAUUACCGAUCCUAAUCUCACCAUUGAUGAACCCGAUCUGGAAUCUACCAACCUCAACAUGAACAACCAAGGGGAAACACUGUCCGAGAAUGAGGCUGCACCAAUCUACCAAAGAUACGGGCCUCGUGAUUUCAAAGACCUCACUGAUCAUAAUUACCCUACAAUCCCUCCAGAUUUCAAGCCAGUACUCACCAUACCAUGGACAGAGCGUCCUGACCAAGGCAUCUCGAAUCUCCCUGAGGACUUGACUGUUAUUGAGAGAUUCACCACAAUCACUCGGCCAGAACAAUCGAUUUUUACCAGUGCUCCGCGAAGGCUCACCGCAGGUACCGAGAUAGAGAUAAUCACCAUUAUUGAUGGAACGAAGUUCAUCCCCCCAAGCAGCACGUCAGACGUGACGACCCUCGGUCAGGGGUCAGAGAAUACUUCACCUAAGGAGACUACUGAUGUGCCUAGCUUAAGCACCGAGACUACUCUACUCAGUUCAUCUUUUUAUACAUCGAGUGAAGAAAGCUCUUGGACUACAUCAUACACAACCGCCUCAAGCACAGAACUUCUACCAUCCUCCUCUCCCGCAACUCCCUCCGAAACACCAGCUCUAUCAGAUGCCGAAAUAGUUGUAAUAGAAGCUGGGGCAGGUGUUCUCGCCGUGUUGAUUAUGAUAGCCAUCCUUUUUCUUAUAUUGUGGUGUGUAGAGAGACGAAAAUCGCGAUGUGAGCCGCGAUACGAACCACGACAUGAACCGCGAUAUGAACGACCAGGUAAUUUCAUUUUCAACAAUGUAUCUCACAACCGUGUGGAGUCCUCCAAGACACCUCCUGUCGUGUUCGAUCUCUUCUCAAACUUCCACGAGAAUUUGUCAAACUCCCCAAUCAUCGAAGUAAAAAGCCUGGCUCGUGUCCCUUCUUUCAUCGACAAUAUCAACAUCUAUUGGGCCAUGAAGAAUCAGGAGGUCUCCACUUCUCAUGAGACCGGCGUCUCGUCCAACAACCAUAAUGACCGUCGAGAGCUGGUGGACUUGACUGGCAGUGUCUACAGCACGAUUCCAUCUGGCUUCAAGCCAGUUUUUACAUUUGCAUCAGAAGAACUCCCAGGCAAAGACAGAGAGGAUGUAACAGUCAUCGACAAGGUCGAUAGCACUUCCACCAAAAAUGGUGAGGUAGUCAUAGGUACCGAGACUUGGGAACCUUUCACUUGGUAUACAAGGCAUAGGCAAGAGAUAUUCACUCUGAUCUUGCGCCCUACGGAGACCACGAGCAGCGAUAUUGAUAUACUCAGUAUCAUCAGCCAUUUGACGCUGCCAGGUCCAACUCCGACAACCUCUAGCGAGGAGUUGACUUCAAGUUCGUCGACUUCACCUAGUUUGGCAUUUCCAACUGCUGCUGAACCUCCAAACACCUCUCUAUCAACAGCCGAAUGGGUCUUGGUAUUAGCCGCGGCCUUAUUUUUGCUUUUCCUGUCCAUCAUGGCGACCGUGUUCAUGAAGCUCCGUUCACAUCCUAGACACAAUCAGAUCAACAACAUCCAACUCGACAACGCUCCCUUUGAGAAUGCUUACACAGAGCCUUUGCAGCGUGAAGAGCCAGCGCCGGUGGUUUGGAAGUCAUGA